CCUGCAAGCUGUUUCGGGAUGAUGAGAAGGCUCAGUACCAGGAGCAGGGGCGACACCUUAUUCCUUGGAUGGGAGACCCCAAGAUCAUGAUCGAUAGGUCGGUGUAACACAACCCCCAGACUGUGCUGCGAGAUCUCCUGUGAUAGCCUCUUUCUGUUCCCCCCCUUGUGCUGUGGGCAGUGAGGGCGGGGGGUGAGCAGACGGCUCGCUCUGGCAGGUGCGUCGGGAUCUUCCGUGGCGAGGCUGGAGGCAGCUGCUCCCGGCACAGCGCUCCGAGGGUGCUCUGGGAACGCUGCAGGCCCCCCCCCGUCUGCGGGAACUUGGGGUUUCCCGCUCUCGCAGCGCUGGGAGAUCCCUCCUCCUGGCCGGCAGCGUGCGAUGGGUCUUUCUGCUCCGCUUGUCAAGGCAGGUUCGGCAGGGUGGAGAGUGGGAAUGAUCUGUUCCUUUUCAGUGCAAACCACAAACAUCCUCUUUUUUUCGCUUGGAAUCCAAGGGAGCCUGAUUGUCGGAGUAUUUAUUAGGCACAUUGUAUGUUCUGUAGGUGAGAAUGGGGCAGUGUUGGGAGUGCAAAGGUGUUUAUCCAUCUUAAAGAAAAUGGGGAUUUCCUGUUUCUCCUACAUAAUCUGGCUGCAGGCUGUUGAUGGGACACCCCAGAAGUAGUUCUUGGUCUCUUUACUUUUCCUGGUGCCAUGAUUUACUGCAUCAGACAGAAUGGAUUUGAUUUUGGGUGCUUGCUCUUGAAAUUUUAUGUCAGGGCUGGCUUCUUGGUUGUUCUGCCAUAGGUCCAGGUUUGUGGCCGCAGAGAGUAAUAGAAUCUGCUUUGAUGUUUCUUCUGGUCUCUUGAGUUGUUUCAGGGUGGGAUUUGGAAAUAAACUCAUUCAGAAAGGGUUACCUGAAUGUUUUGUUGGACAAAGUGAAGAUGAGAGAUCAGGUUGGCUAUGUUUGAGUGGAGCACUGAAGGAAUAAUUACAAGUUGUGGCUGACCGUGAAAACCUCAGUGGAAAAGAUGGAAGGAUUUUGAUUUGAAAAGGGUCACAUAACAUACUAUAGAUAUUUGUUCCCUCAGUUUUAUCACUGCUUUAGUGCUAGACAGGAUUUUCUUAUUUUGACUUAAAACCAUAUUUGUUUUGGAAAAAUGUCAGUAGAGGAAGGUCUUUUGAUUGCCUUCCAUAGGACUGGAGAAAAAAGAAAGUGCCCUUGCGCUGUUUUGGUGCUUACUCCAUUAAUGAUCAUUGCCAUUGAAAUAAAUUUGUUAAAUUGACAUAGACACGAAGGCAGGACAAAGCAACCAUAAUUAUUUGUAGUUUUGUUUCAUUUCUCACACAGGAGUGGAAGUGUUGUGUUGCACACUUCUAAAAAAUCAAAAAUAAUAACUAAAAUAAUUACUGUGAUUGAUUUCAUUCAUAGGUAGAGGCGGGUUUUGGGGUUCUCUGCAGCAGAGGCCUGUUUGCAGGUGUUACAGAAAUUGUAGAGAGCAAACACUAAGUAUGUGCAUGUCUGUGCACACAUACUGAAAUACCAAAUAACGGUACAUUUGUGAGUUAAGGCAGCUUGCAAUUGCUAAUCUUAUAAACUCCUUUGGAAGCUUAGAUUCCUUUUAUCUCCAGCAGCAGGAAGUCUUCAUUUUCACCAUUUUGAGAAAAGCACAUUGCUAUGAGAAGACUUGGGUUCAGAUUUGCCUGUGGACAGAGCUUGAUUAACCAGACCUAUGUUUCAUUUGCUUUUUGCUAUAAGAAUAUUUACUUUCUUUGUUUUUGGUCUAGCAAGUUGGCACAAGUCAAGAGUUGUGUGUGGGAAGACACCUCAGCGGAGUCAAGCUUACUGUCACUUUACUUUCCAAUCAGUUUCUCUUACUGAUGCGUAAACAUUAUCCCAAUGCAGUGCUUUUCCUGCAAAUAAAGUGAUUUCGUAGUAGAAAGGAACUGUACAUCUUUGAUCUUUGCCGAUUUUGCGGUGAACCUCCUUAAAUUGCAUGUUUAUGUUACUGUUCCUAUGUAUGUGUGUCUCUCUAUCACAUAACCCAGAACUUAUUUCCUCAGCCAAAUGGCUAGGGGCCGAGCCUAGCCAUGAUUUUACCUCCAAUGGACGCAAGUUUCUUUGGUGAAGAUUUCUCCUGAGAGUUCGGGACUAGCAGAAAGAAGCGAGGAAAUUUCGACCGUUUGGUUCUUACGGAUAGGUAUGAUGGGCGUGGUCACCUGCAUGACCUUUCUGAAUAUGAUGCUGAGUAUUCCACCUGGAACAGAGAUUAUCAAUUGUCUGAAGAGGAGGCUAGAAUAGAAGCCCUCUGUGAUGAAGAGAGAGGAGGAAUAUAAAAGACUCAGUGAAGCUUUGGCAGAGGAUGGUACCUAUAAUGCAGUGGGAUUCCGUUAUGGCAGUGAUUAUUAUGACCCGUCAGAACCCACUGAAGAGGAGGAGCAUCAGCCUGCAAGACAAAGAGAAAUGGCUCAGACAGAAAAUACAGAGGAAAAUGAGGAACCUUUUGUUGCCCCUCCAGGACUGAAUGUACCCUCUGAUGUGGAACUGCCACCAACGGCAAAAAUGCAUGCGAUCAUUGAGCGAACUGCAAACUUUGUGUGCAAGCAGGGAGCCCAGUUUGAGAUCAUGCUGAAAGCCAAGCAAGCACGCAACUCCCAGUUUGACUUUCUGCGGUUUGAUCACUACCUCAAUCCCUACUACAAAUUCAUCCAGAAGGCCAUGAAGGAAGGACGCUAUGCGGCUCCUUCGGAAAGUAAAGCUGACGAGAAAAAACACUCGAAAGUCAAAUCUGAGGAAGAUGAUGAUGAUGAUGAUGACGAUGAUGGAAAUUAUCUUCAUCCAAGUCUUUUUGCAUCUAAAAAAUGCAGUAGGCUUGAAGAGCUCAUGAAGCCUUUGAAGGUGGUGGACCCUGAUCACCCCCUUGCAGCACUGGUGCGCAAAGCACAAUCAGAUAAUAAUUCAUCUACGCCACAGUCAACAGACGGGGCAGCUGUGCAGACAUCACAGGCAGAAUAUUCCUCUGAUUCAACUGUGGCAGCCAUGUAUUACAGCUACUACAUGCUCCCAGAUGGCACCUAUUGCCUGGCGCCUCCACCGCCGGGAAUUGAUGUUGCUGCCUACUACAAUGCCCUGCCCCCAGGGGUGACUGUGUCCAGCGCUACAGGGGUAGCGACAGUUCCUCCCCCUCCUGGUACCACACCCCCGCCUCCCCCAGACACAACUGACAGCACCAGUGGGUUGGCUUCCACCACAACAUCUACAAGCACAAUUGCUCCAGUGGUUGCCAUUAUACCUCCACCUCCAGAUAUCCAGCCUGUUAUUGACAAGCUAGCUGAGUAUGUUGCUAGGAAUGGGGUAAAAUUUGAAACUAGUGUUCGUGCCAAGAAUGAUCUCAGGUUUGAAUUCCUGCAACCAUGGCACCAGUAUAAUGCAUAUUAUGAAUUUAAAAAACAGUUCUUCCUUCAAAAAGAGAGUGGUGACAAUUGCCAGGGAGUGUCUUCUUCUGAAGAUGUUCCAUCAGACAAUUCCAAUGAUACACCGAGUGAGACUCAAUUUGCAGAUGAACAUGCACCUGAAGAUGCAUCUGAGCCAAGUGCUAAGGGGGUUCCAGGAACUAAAAAGGAUAUUCCUUCUAAAGCUGUCAAUGAUGGUAAACUGGUGAAAGCAUCCUUUGCUCCAAUAAGCUUUGCAAUCAAGGCCAAAGAAAACGACCUUCUUCCUUUGGAGAAAAACCGUGUUAAAUUAGAUGAUGACAGUGAUGAGGAGGAAGAGGAGGGAAAGGAAGGCCAAGAGAGUGCUAACAGUGCAUCAAACCAUACUCCAGCAAUUACUGCUCCUUGUACUGCUCCUGAAGAGAAAAAGCCUCAACUUACACAGGAGGAGCUGGAAGCUAAACAAGCAAAGCAGAAACUAGAGGAUAGAUUAGCAGCUGCAGCAAGGGAGAAACUUGCACAGGCCUCUAAAGAAUCCAAGGAGAAGCAGCUACAAGCGGAACGCAAAAGGAAAGCUGCCUUGUUCUUGCAGACCCUGAAAAACCCUUUGGCAGAGGCAGAAACUGAGAAGAUAGAGGAGAACUCCUUCAGUAGUGAGAGCGUCAGUAGUAUACCAUGUCCUGUGACUGCAGUCAGAACUUUGCCCACCUUAGAAGUUAAACAAGCAGAAAGGCCUUCAAGCAGAAGCAGAGAUCCUCCUAGGGAUGAAGAAAAGGAAAAGAAAAGGAAAAAACACAAGAAAAGAUCUCGGUCAAGAUCUCGAUCACCAUUCAAGUAUCAUUCAUCAUCUAAGUCCAGGUCUAGAUCACAUUCAAAAGCAAAACACUCACUUCCCACUGCCUAUAGGACUGUCAGGCAUUCAAGACUCACAGCAUCCACAGCGACACUGAGCAUGGAGCCGAGUCUGAGCAGCUCAUCAGUGGCAGCAGCAGCAGAGUGGAAAAAUUAUCAGGCAACUUGGGCAAUGAAAAGAUUUGACUGCUGGAGCUCUUUUGAGGGAGAUCCUGGUAAAAUGUCAAGGUCACGAUCAAGGUCACCCCGGAGAAGGGCUCACACACCAGAACGGCGGAGAGAUGAGAGAAGCGUUCCCACAGCAUAUCGCAUCAGCAAUAGUCCUGGGAACAGCAGGAAACGGCCCCGCUCCAAAAGUCCCCAUGAAAAGAAGAAGAAAAGGCGGUCUAGAUCACGUACUAAAUCCAGAGCAAGGUCUCCCUCACCAUCCAUGUCACCAGGCAAACCAUCUACACACAAAAAUUCUGUACAUUCAACUAGUGUCUCUCCUGUGGAGAGCAGGGAAUCCAGCCAGGAACGCUCCAGGGGAGUUUCUCAGGAAAAAGAUGGCCAAAUCUCUUCAGCAAUUGUGUCAUCAGUGCAGAGUAAAAUCACUCAGGAUCUUAUGGCCAAAGUGAGAGCAAUGCUUGCAGCUUCCAAAAACAUCCAGACCAGUGCCUCCUGAGACCUCUUGGAGCUGACCAUCAGUAAAUUGUAUGAAAAGAACAAUUGGAAAAGAACUGCCUCAUCUCAAAUGUACAGCUGAGUUUGGCUCACUUGGUUCACAACUCGCAUAAUUUACCAGAACUCAAGAAGCUAAAACCUGUCUUUCUGUACAGAAGCAUCUCCUUGAGAUUUCAUUAAAUUUUUCAGCCAGAAUAUCUUUGAAAAGUUUUUGGGUUUUGUAAAUUGAUUUUUUUGACUAAUUCUUCGAUAACAUUUUAUGAUCAGCAGUCUGUAUGUGUAUAUUUGUAAAUACUAUGUUUCUGUGAAAAGUAUUACACAAUAAUAAAGAAGGAAACAUCUUUCAUUAGCUAGA